AUGAAUAUUUAAUUGACUGACAUAUUGACAGCUUAUGAAGCUGAGCAUUAUAUUGAAAGUUACAAAUAUUUGAAAUUCCAGAAUUGUGAUGUAAAAAGUAAUGCUAUUUCAAUAAGUAGAUAGUUUGCAUAAGAUGAGGUUUUACAAAAACUUAAUUUUCAAGUAUAUUCUUGAAAUUGUGGAUUAUUAUCGAAAAUUGGAAGCUUUACUAUAAGAGUACUGAAUUGUAAAAAACAUUUAGGCCACCUGCAAAAGAUUGAGAAAAAAGUAUUGAUUAUUAUAAGAAUAGAACAAAAUAAGAUGAAAUAGAUAAACAAUUUUAGAAUGUUGAGUUCUAAAUUCAAAUGAUGUGUUUAAGCAUCAUCAUAUUCUUAACUGAUAAUAUAAAGCAUUUGCCAAUUAACAUACUACACUAAAUUAUUGUUGAAAAUUACUUUUCCAUUUUGCUUGUUCCUUUGAUUGAAGAGAAGUGUUGGUUGAGAAUUAAUCCAAAUAAAGAAAGAGAAGUAUUUGAAUAAUCAAAUUGGGUUAGUUUAAAUGAGGAAAUUUAUAGUAAAUUGCCUAAAAUAGAAUCUAAUUGUGGAUUACAAUAUACAAUUUAUUCAUGGAUUCAGAAAGUAGAAGAAAAUAUGAAUUGAAUAUUUC